AUGCGCGGGCAGCUCCUUCCUAAGCCGUGCGGAGAGCGACGAUUGCCGCGUCCAACCGAGCGGGCAUGUAACAUCAACAAGACAGUUCUGCUCCCCCUCGGCUACGGCGCGAAGUUCAUCUUCAUUCACACCUUCGCAUUCGCAUCCAAUUUGAAAAUGUCCUCGAAACAUCUUUCUCGUGUGCUUUUGCGGCCCUCCAGACCACUCCGCUGCGGAGCUGGUGCUUUGCGGAGCCCCGCGUGGAGCCGAUACCAUUCCACAAAGCAUCCCAAGGGUUUCGUUCCACCAACGGAGGAGGAACUGCUAGAGUUACGGGAGAGCGUGCAGGAGUUUACUCGCCGAGAGAUACCUGAAGAGGUCGCCGCCCGGACAGAUCAACAGAAUGACUUUCCAGCAGAGAUGUGGAAGAAGCUCGGUGAAGCUGGUUUCCUAGGUGUGACAGCAGACGAGGAAUAUGGCGGCUUGGCCAUGGGUUAUCAGGCACACUGCACCGUGCUGGAGGAAAUAAGCCGAGCUUCAGGAAGCAUUGCUCUUUCCUACGCAGCCCACUCGCAGCUGUGUGUCAACCAACUAUCGUUAAACGCAAAUCCCGAACAGAAGGCAAAAUACCUCCCUGAGCUCAUCUCCGGAGAGAAAAUUGGUGCUCUAGCUAUGUCCGAGCAUUCUGCUGGAUCAGACGUGGUCAGCAUGAAGACAACCGCAAAAGCUGUGGAUGGAGGCUGGCUCCUCAAUGGCACCAAGAUGUGGAUUACCAAUGGCCCGGAUGCAGACUAUAUUGUGGUAUACGCAAAGACCGAGCCAGAAAAAGCCUCCAAGGGUAUCUCUGCGUUCAUCGUGGAGAAGACUUUCAAAGGCUUUUCCUGCGCGCGUAAGCUUGACAAGCUCGGCAUGCGUGGCUCAAAUACCGGUGAACUAGUCUUUGACGAUGUAUUCAUACCAAAGGAGAACCUCCUCGGAGAGCUCAAUCGUGGAGUCAAGGUGCUCAUGGAAGGCCUAGAUUUGGAACGCCUCGUCCUAAGCGCUGGUCCACUAGGAAUUAUGCAGUCCGCUCUUGACAUUGUCUUACCUUACACUCAUACUCGAAAACAAUUCAAUACCCCAAUCGCUCACAACCAGCUAAUACAAGGCAAACUUGCAGACAUGUACACCAAACUCGCCGCCUCUCGCGCAUACACCUACGCUACAGCCAAACAAAUUGACGAAUCCAGCGCGAAGGGCACCGCGAUUAUCCGGACUCAGGAUUGUGCAGGCGCAAUCCUGUAUGCAGCAGAGCGCGCCACAGAGUGUGCGCUAGAUGCUAUUCAGCUUAUGGGCGGCAAUGGCUAUAUCAAUGAAAUCGCAGCAGGUCGGCUGUUGAGGGAUGCUAAGUUGUAUGAGAUUGGUGCUGGUACGAGUGAGAUUCGAAGGAUGGUGAUUGGGAGGGCCUUCAACAAGGAGUAUGCCUAG